CUGGAGAGCCCCGUCAACUGACCCAGACAUCAAACUGUAACUGGGCCGCAAACACUCACCCGUGUACAGUGAGUACAGGAGGCUUGAACCAUGAGAGAACGAAAGUAAGGUGAAGACCACAGGAAAAAGAUUUUUAAACAAAGAAGGACAGACAAAGCAGGAACAGACAGAAAGACUCCAUCCUGCAGUGUAUUCUCUAGACCUGUACCACCUUGAUCAUCCAGUCUGUCAACUCCUGGGCCUCCUCAUACCUUCACAAAAAACACAGGACUGAAAAGACCAGGAGAAAGACGAGGGGACCUUUACGAAGUGUGUCGAGAGAGACUGAACCACCAGAACUCAUGGAGGACAUGGAAACAUUAAACUUUCAUGGUCAACGAUGAAAGCUUCACGCCUCUCUGUGCCUCUGAAUCCCUCUGAAGCCAUAGCCCUCACAUGGUGACUUCUGAUGUCCUGCUACCAACCCAAGGCUGAACCAUGGUCAUUCUGCAGCAGGGGGACUAUGUGUGGUUGGACCGUAAAACGGGGCGAGAGUUUGACGUCCCUGUGGGAGCCGUGGUCAAACUGUGUGACUCUGGACAGAUCCAGGUUUUGGAUGAUGAAGGAUGGGAACACUGGAUUUCCCCCCAGAAUGCCACCAACAUCAAACCCAUGCACCCGACCUCCAUCCACGGGGUGGAGGACAUGAUCCGUCUGGGCGACCUUAACGAAGCUGGCAUCCUCCGCAACCUGUUCAUCCGCUACAAUGAACGUGUCAUCUAUACGUAUACCGGCUCAAUUCUGGUAGCAGUCAAUCCCUACCAGCUGCUGCCCAUCUACACUCCAGACCAGAUCCGCCUUUACACCAACAAGAAGAUCGGCGAGUUGCCACCGCACAUCUUCGCCAUAGCGGACAACUGUUACUUCAACAUGCAGCGGAACAACAAGGACCAGUGUUGCAUCAUCAGUGGUGAGUCUGGAGCCGGGAAGACGGAGAGCACAAAACUGAUUCUGCAGUUCCUCGCAGCCAUCAGCGGUCAACACUCAUGGAUAGAACAACAAGUCCUGGAGGCCACGCCCAUCCUCGAAGCCUUUGGCAAUGCCAAGACCAUUCGUAACGACAACUCCAGUCGCUUUGGGAAGUAUAUCGAUAUCCACUUCAACAAGCGAGGGGCCAUUGAAGGGGCCAAGAUAGAGCAGUACCUGCUGGAGAAGUCCCGCGUGUGUCGACAGGCUCCAGAUGAGAGGAACUACCAUAUUUUUUACUGCAUGCUGAGAGGGAUGGCUUCAGAGAUGAAGGCCAAGCUGGGUCUGGGCCUCGCCAAAGACUACUCCUACCUCACCAUGGGUAACUGUACAGCGUGUGACGGUCGAGACGACCUGAGCGAUUACUCCAGCAUCCUGUCGGCCAUGAAGGUCCUCAUGUUCACUGAGACAGAGAACUGGGAGAUCUCCAAGCUACUGGCUGCCAUCCUGCACAUGGGCAACCUGCGCUUCGAGGCUCGGACGUAUGACAACCUGGACGCCUGUGUGGUUGUGAGAUCUCCCGACCUGAUUACUGCGGCUUCACUCAUGGAGGUGGAGCCUAAAGAUGUGAUGGUGUGUUUGACCACACGAACCCUGAUCACACGUGGUGAAAGUGUUGCCACGCCGCUCAGUGUGGAACAAGGCCUGGAUGUCAGGGACGCCUUUGUCAAGGGGAUCUACGGGAGGUUGUUUGUCUGGAUUGUGGAUAAGAUCAAUGCUGCCAUAUACAGACCGCCAUCCUGCGAGAGUAAGAUCAUGCGCAGGUCCAUCGGGUUGCUGGACAUCUUUGGUUUCGAAAACUUCACCGUCAACAGUUUUGAACAGCUGUGCAUCAACUUUGCCAACGAGAACCUGCAGCAGUUCUUUGUUCGCCACGUCUUCAAGCUGGAGCAGGAGGAGUACAACCUGGAGGACAUCAGCUGGCAGCACAUUGAGUUCACAGACAACCAGGAUGCUCUGGACAUGAUCGCCAACAAACCCAUGAACAUCAUCUCCCUCAUCGAUGAGGAGAGCAAGUUCCCUAAGGGAACUGAUAAUACGAUGCUGUACAAGCUCAACUCGCAGCACAAACUCAACUCCAACUACAUCCCUCCUAAAAACAGCUACGAAACCCAGUUUGGCAUCCAACACUUUGCUGGGGUGGUGCAUUAUGAGACCAGAGGCUUCCUGGAGAAAAACCGAGACAGCCUCCACACCGACAUCAUCCAGCUCGUCCACUCGUCAAAGAACAAGUUCAUCAAGCAGAUCUUCCAGGCUGACGUGGCCAUGGGUGUUGAGACGAGGAAGCGCUCCCCAACUCUGAGCAGUCAGUUCAAACGCUCCCUGGAGAUGCUGAUGAGGACGCUCAGCGUGUGUCAGCCAUUCUUCGUUCGCUGUAUAAAACCCAAUGAGCUCAAGAAACCUAUGUUAUUUGACAGAGAGCUGUGUAUUCGUCAGCUGCGAUACUCCGGCAUGAUGGAGACCAUCAGGAUACGGCGGGCAGGCUAUCCCAUCCGAUACUCCUUUGGCGAGUUUGUGGACCGUUACCGAGUCCUCAUGCCUGGCGUCAAACCUGCUCAUAUACAGGAAGACCUCCGAGGGACCUGCCAGCAGAUCGUCCUGGCCCGGUUGGGAAAACAUGAUGACUGGCAGAUUGGAAAAACCAAGAUUUUCCUAAAGGACCACCACGACAUGCAGCUGGAGAUCGAGAGGGACAAAGGCAUCACUGACAAGGUCAUCCUCAUCCAGAAGGCUGUGCGUGGACUUAAAGAGAGGACUCACUUUCUCAAACUGAGGAGUGCUGUGACUUUUAUCCAGAAGAUUUGGAGGGGUUAUCGCUGCAGGAAGAAUUACCAAACUAUGAAGGUUGGCUUUGUGCGCCUCCAGGCCGUCUACAGGUCAAGGAAGCACUACAGAAGCUACCGGGCGACUCGCCUUCGUGUCACUCUCAUUCAAGCCCGUUGCCGUGGCUUCCUCAUCCGGCAGACAUUUUGGCGGCGUCUUCGUGCCGUGUUGACGCUUCAGGCCUACACCAGGGGCAUGAUAGCCAGACGCCUCUGCCAGAGGCUCAGGGCAGAGCUGCAGCAUCGCCUGGAAGCCGAGCGCCAGCGCCUGGCCGAGGAGGAGCAGCUGCGAAACCAGAUGACGGCUCGGCGGGCCAAGGCGGAGGCAGAGAGGAACCACCAGGAGAGGCUCGUCCAACUGGCCCAGCAGCAGGAGGAGAGGGAGAGGGAGGAGAGGGAGGAGGCCAGGAGGAAGAAGGAGCUGCUGGAGCAGAUGGAGAGGGAGAAGGAGCAGCCCGUGGACCACUCAGACAUGGUCGACCGUAUGUUUGGUUUCCUGGGGAACACCGGGCCGCUGCCCAACCAGGACGGACAGGCACCAGCUGGUUUUGAAGACUUGGAGAAAACUCCUCGAGGGGAGGAAGCUGAAGAGGAGGUGCUCAACGAAGCUCUGCCGUUACCUGAUGAGGAAGAUGAGGAUUUGUCUGAGUACAAGUUCUCCAAGUUUGCAGCCACGUACUUCCAGGGUGUUUCCACUCACACCUACAUUAGACGACCGCUGAAACAACCUCUGCUUUUUCAUGAGGACGAAGGAGACCAGCUGGCUGCAUUAGCGGUGUGGAUCACCGUGUUGAGGUUCAUGGGAGACUUACCGGAGCCAAAAUGCCAGAUGGUCAUUAAUGAUGGCAGCGAAAAGAUUCCCGUCAUGACAAAGAUCUAUGAAACACUCGGCAAGAGGACUUACAAGAGGGAGCUGCAGGAGCUUCAGGUGGAAGGAGAGAACAGCUCCAUAGACAGCCAGAAGAGGAACAGUGUCCGACAUAAACUUGUGUCUCUCACUCUGAAGAGGAAAUCCAAAAUCACUGAGGAGGUGACCAGGCGGUUGACAGAUGGGGACUAUGGCCUCCAGGGGAACAGCAUGCUGGAGGACCGACCCACCUCCAACCUGGAGAAACUCCACUUCAUCAUCGGCAACGGCAUCUUACGGCCCGCCCUCAGGGAUGAGAUCUACUGUCAGAUCUGCAAACAGCUUACUCAGAAUCCAUCCAAGAGCAGCCAUGCCCGCGGAUGGAUCCUUCUGUCUCUCUGCGUGGGCUGCUUCGCCCCCUCUGAGAAGUUUGUCAAAUAUUUACGGACAUUCCUAAAUAACGGUCCUCCUGGUUAUGCUCCAUAUUGUGAGGAAAGGUUGAGGAGGACGUUUGUGAACCGCACCAGGACCCAGCCGCCAUCUUGGUUGGAGUUACAGGCCACUAAAUCUAAGAAGCCCAUCAUGUUACCAGUCACGUUUAUGGAUGGCACCACCAAGACACUCUUGGCAGACUCAGCCACUACUGCCAGUGAGCUCUGCAACGCUCUAGCGGACAAGAUCAACUUGAGAGAUCGCUUUGGUUUCUCGCUGUACAUUGCCCUGUUUGACAAGGUGUCGUCACUUGGCAGCGGUAGCGACCACGUCAUGGACGCCGUCUCCCAGUGUGAGCAGUAUGCCAAGGAGCAGGGCGCCCAGGAGAGGAACGCCCCCUGGAGGCUGUUUUUCAGGAAGGAGAUCUUCAACCCCUGGCACAGUCCCGUCGAGGACUAUGUCGCCACAAACCUCAUUUACCAGCAGAUUGUACGAGGGGUGAAAUUCGGAGAGUACCGCUGUGAGAGGGAGGAGGACCUCGCAGAGCUGGCCUCCCAGCAGUACUAUGUGGAUUACGGCUCUGAGAUCCUCCAAGAUCGCCUGCUCAGCCUCAUCCCCACCUACAUCCCUGACAGAGAAAUCACCUCCACUAAGACUGCAGAGAAGUGGGCUCAGCUCAUCAUUAAUGCCCACAAAAAGGGAUUACACACUAAGAGGAGGCUGAACACACAGAAGGUGAAGGAGGACGUGGUGGAUUUUGCUCGUUUAAAGUGGCCUUUACUCUUCUCACGCUUCUACGAGGCCUUCAAAUUCUCAGGACCCAGUCUGCCCAAGAACGACGUGAUCGUGGCGGUGAACUGGACUGGGGUUUACUUUGUGGAUGAACAGGAGCAGGUCCUUCUGGAGCUCUCGUUCCCUGAGAUCACUGCAGUGUCCAGCAGCAGAGGAGGUAAACUGCAGGGCCAGAGUUUUACAUUGGCCACCAUCAAAGGAGACGAGUACACGUUCACUUCCAACAACGCAGAGGACAUCCGCGAUCUGGUGGUUGCCUUCCUUGAGGGUCUGAGGAAGAGGUCCAAGUAUGUGGUGGGACUGCUAGACUGUCCCAACCCUGUGGGGGUGGAUUCUACAUUCCUGAGUUUCUCCAAGGGGGAUCUGAUCAUCCUGGACGAACAUGAUGGAGAGCACGUGAUGAACUCCGGCUGGGCUCACGGCAUCAACGACAGGACCAGACAGAGAGGAGACUUCCCUGCUGACUGUGUUUACGUACUGCCCACUGUCACCAGACCACAGUAUGACAUAGUGGCUCUUGUGACGAUGACUCCUGAUCAGAGGCGAGAAUCCAUCGGUUUGUCCCACAUGAGCCUUGCUGACAGUGAGGACAAAACUAAGGCCUACACACUGGAGGAGUUCUCCUACGACUACUUCAGGCCUCCUCCUAAGAGCACUCUGAGCAGGGUGAUGAUCUCUAAGAGCCGAGGGAAGGACCGUCUGUGGAGCUGCACCAGGGAGCCUCUCAAACAGCCUCUGCUGAAGAAAGUCCUGGCCCACGAGGAGCUUUCCCAGGAGGCCUGCCUGGCCUUCAUAGCUGUGAUGAAGUAUAUGGGCGACUACCCGUCCAAACGAGUGCGUUCUGUCAACGAGCUCACCGAUCAGAUCUUUGAAGGAGCGCUGAAGGCCGAGCCGCUCAAAGACGAGAUCUUCUGUCAGAUUCUCAAACAGCUGACUGACAAUCACAUCAAGUACAGUGAGGAGAAGGGCUGGGAGCUGCUGUGGCUCUGCACUGGUUUGUUUCCUCCCAGUAACAUCCUGCUGCCUCACGUCCAGAAGUUCCUGCAGGCCAAGAAACACUACCCGCUGGCUCCAGACUGCAUGCAGCGGCUACAGAAAGCCUUACGAAAUGGAUCAAGAAAGUACCCUCCUCACCUGGUGGAGGUAGAGGCCAUCCAGCACAAAACCACUCAGAUCUUCCACAAAGUUUACUUCCCUGAUGACUCAGACGAGGUGUUUGAAGUGGAGUCGAGCACCAAGGCCAAAGACUUCUGCCACAACAUCUCCGGACGUCUUAUGCUGAAAUCCUCAGAAGGCUUCAGUCUCUUUGUGAAGAUCACUGACAAGGUCAUCAGUGUGCCCGACGGCGAUUUCUUCUUUGACUUUGUGAGGCACCUGACUGACUGGAUCAAGAAAGCCAGACAUGUGAAAGACGGUGUAGUGCCUUCACUGACGUACCAGGUGUUCUUCAUGAAGAAGCUGUGGACCAAUACCGUGCCAGGAAAAGACUCAAUGGCUGACUCCAUCUUUCACUACUACCAGGAGCUGCCCAAGUAUCUGCGAGGCUACCACAAGUGUUUGAAGGAGGAGGUACACCAGCUGGCGGCGCUGAUCUACAGGGUGAAGUUUGAGGAAGAUAAAUCCCACUUCCACAAUAUUUCUAAGAUCCUAAAGGAGCUCGUCCCACAGGACCAGAUCAGGCAUUUGUCCCCCGACGACUGGAAGAGGUCUGUCAUGUCACUGUUCAACAAGCACUCAGGAAAGACUCGAGAAGAAGCCAAACUCUCCUUCCUCAAAAUCAUCUACAAGUGGACCACGUUUGGUUCGGCCUUUUUUGAAGUCAAGCAAACAACUGAUCCAAAUUACCCAGAAACCCUCCUGAUAGCAAUCAACAAACACGGAGUCAGUCUCAUUGAUCCCAAGUCGAAGGACAUCCUCACCACUCACCCCUUCACUAAGAUCUCCAACUGGAGCAGCGGCAACACGUACUUCCACAUCACCAUCGGAAACCUGGUCCGAGGCAGCAAGCUGCUGUGUGAGACCUCACUGGGCUACAAAAUGGACGACCUGCUGACCUCUUACAUCAGCCAGAUGCUGACCACCAUGACCAAACAGCGAACCUCCCGGGGCAGCAACAAGUGAGCAGAAUGGCUGGAAAUGCAUCGAUAUAUGGUCACUCAGUCAGUGCAGCAUUCUCCCUCACACACAAACAGUGUGACUACAUGUUAACAGCGGCACUUAUUUCAUAUGAAACUGAAUUGUCCCACAAAGUGGUUAUUGAGGCAGACAUUUGGUGGUUAACUGUGACACUGUAAUGCCAACAUUUUCAUUUAUGUUAUUAUGUAUCGGCCCUGUCUUAAACACUCACCUAUUGCCUUUAAGUGAACUUUUUCCGCCGUACCAAACGCAACAUGGCAAUUUGGAUGACUGUCUUAUCUGCAUUAUAAUCACUGUAAACUGCCAGUCAUCUAAUCUGAUGUCUGACAUACAACACCGUUCAGAGGUUUGGAAUCUGCUGCAAAAAAGCUCAGUAGGGUCCAGUCAGAUAUCUGAGAGGAAACUCUGCUGUCGAACAGUCUGUCGCGCUUUUAGGUUGUAAAAAGUCACUUAGAAGUAGAUGUUAUUCUCUAUUAAGAGUUCAACCAGAUAGCAUGUUGUUUGAAAUUCAGCUCAGUGCACAAAAGAGAAACGGAAAUGAGGAAAGCAGACAAAGUCAAGAGGAUGUGAGAUCGAAACAAACAUAUUAUCCACCUUAUCCACCUUAUUCCUAGCCCCCAUGUUACCAUUGGAAAUUGCGCCCAUAAUUCAGGCAAGGUAACAGUUUGUUUACAGUACUCUAUUCUACCUUCCAAGAGCAAUUGGGAAAUAAAACGUGGAACACCCUACCUGUUAUAGCUCAAACUGGAUUAUGUGAUCAUACCUCUGCCAGCUUUUCAACCAAACACGCUAGCAACUAGCUUGCUUUGCUCUUCUAUCAGAUGUUAUUGACGGAAAGAAGAAAAACAUCAGUACAACAGCUGAUUCCAAACUUUUGAACGGUGUUAUGUCAGUAAAUUACCAUUGGGUUUUCUCACUUUAUCUCUGUGCUGUUUGAUGUAACAAACUGUUAAUGCAGCUUUUUUUUUUUUUCUUAAGACAUUUUCAGAGAAUUUAAUGCCAGUGUUUUCUCAAAUGCUGGCAUCAGUGUCAAGACAAGAAAACCUGUGAUUGAAAAUCUAAUUUCUCACUUUCUGCUUUAAAAAAGGUCAUUAAAAAGAGAUCAGCAGUUAGUUACCUGGACCCAAAACAGAAGUCUACUUGUUAAUGUUUGUAUUGUGAAGUAGCUUCUUUUUUCCAUCCUUAUUUAUGCUCAGUUAUAAGUUUAACAAACUGGCAUCAAAUAGAGAGUUGCUCUUGACUCCUACACUAUAGACCAAACCAAAGUUUCUCUCACAUCUGUUAGUGCUCUUCUCAUUUGAUAAAUUGACAGUUCACACAGUCAGACUUGGACAUUAGGAAAUCUGGAUUUAAAUUUAUUUACAUAUAACCCAAUGAUUUUGUUUUGCAUUGUUUAGUCGUGCAUGUGCAAGGAAACAGACCAUAUGUGUGCCACAAAGUUCAAACACCACCUCCAUCUUUGUAUGUGUUGAUCCACAGUAGUUAGAACAUGUGUACACGGACUGUAGAUGGUGUCUUUUUUCUAAAUGUACAAACCAUUAGCAUUGAUUUUUAAAGCACUGAGUCAUAAUCAUAACUCUGUUUUUGGACCAUGUGACCACGUGUCCUGAUGUAGACAUAAAUAAAUGAUGUUUUACAAAGA